AAGUCGAAAUUAAAAAUAUAGAGAUGUAAAUGUGAAUUCGUAAAAGACGGCGGCUCUCAUGGAGCUACUGCAGAGACAAAGCAGGUCGUAUCACCCAAGUAAGUCAUAUAAAUGAUUAAAUUACAAGAAUUAAAUGAUUAAAUGAAGAUUAAAUUUCAUGCAUACUGCAGAUGUGAAUGAAUUGCAGUAGUCUAUACUGUACAAUUUACAUUUUCUUUAUGUUUAUAAUAUUCUGUACUGUUCUAUAGUGAUUUCAUUAACUGUAUACUACAGUACUAUGUGGGUGUACACGAGAAUGCAUAUCGCAGUCUGUUAACUGUAUGAUAAGUAUGCACUAUUACCUAAGGCAUUAUUGUUACCUAGGUGAUUAUUUAUACAUUUUAAAAUGUUUAUGGUUGGGCAAUGUUUAAGAGAAAGAACCGUAGGCGCUUAGGAGGCUAUAGUUCUCGCCCUGGAACGUUGGUCAGAACGCAUGACAGGAGCCGAGGCAGUUAUCAAUUUGACUUAUUUACUGAAAUUCUUCAACAGCACAGACAUACAUUUCCAAUUGUACAGUGUGAUAGCAGCUCAGCUUAUUAUGUAUGUUUUCAUAGAGUAGUGGCGUGAAUGUGUGGCUGCAAUAAACAAAAUAACAGUUUACUUGUACUAUAAAACAACAAACGAGAUUACAGGUUAACUAAAGCAUUGCUCCUUAUAAAGGCAUAUAAACUUAGCAUUAUGGCUGUCUCAUAACUCGUAAAUACAAUGCUCUUAAGUAUAAAGUGUUAAAAACAAAUAACCAAUAACCGUUUAAAUAAUAAAACAAUGUCUAAAUAGCAGGCAUAAGAAGUCAGCAAUGGCGUUAAUCAUUUAGUACUAAUGCCACAGGAUUAUAUGACAUUAUACACAUUUCCUAUAAAUUAAUUUCCUAAUGAAAUACUUAUUUGUUCCUAAAUAUACACGUCAUCAACAUUUAACAUAAAGGGAACAAUAAUAAACGCACUUUUCUCAAAUGGACGCACACAAUUCGUAACAAACACCACAAACUCUGCACCGCAACUUUCCGACGAUCUUUCCAGUCAGAGUGCCUCAGUUAAUGAGAUGCGGAUUUCUCACGUGCACAAUCAAUGCUGGCAGGUCCUUCAAAGACAGCUAGAGGGCACCAAAGCCAUAUCUUUGUAGCAGUGUUGGGAGUAGUUGAGGUUGAGAUUGUGUUUUGGUAAUGCUUACUGCUCUGCUCCUUGUGGACAGCAUGCGAAAGACAGUAUAUUUUAUAGUUUAAAUUUAUUUGUAUUUAAUAAAAUUUUCUAAGGCAGCGCAGGUCAAAGUUAGUUAUAAAAACAUGACGACAAUAACAAAGUUAAUGUUUUGCUGAUGGAUAGCAUGAAGCAUAUGUACUGCAAUGUGCAAAGGAACAAUUUUAUGUAGCUCAGUACAAAUACCGUAUUGUCCCGAAUAUGCAAUUUUUACGAAAAUGCAUAUGAAUAUGAAACGUAUUGAAGAAUGUGGACAACCGAAGUCCCUUUGGCUUAUGAAAAGUUUUUUUUUUUUUUUAAAUUAAAGCUUCUUUAUAAAAGACAAGAGUUGGUCUUCAAAAAGCUUUAUUUUUCAAAAGGUACACAUUGAAAUGGGGGAUCGUAUUCAGGGUUGUCUUAUAUUCAGGACAAUACGGUAUGCAUAAUUGAUUGUCGAAAUGCGUCAAGUGUCAGGAUGGCCAAUCAAAUCAAAGAUGGAAUGGCUUUACUUUUCACGGAGACAUGUCUAGGCUUUAGGUUUAAUGAUCAGAAAGUGUACGGGAAGAUGAUGGAAGACCUUUGUGACUUUUUGAAGUCAAGAAAUGUUUCUAAGGACAUCAUACAGCGAAUGCAACAGGAUAAGAUUGAUUGCAGUGUCUUACAGCUUAUGACAGAUGACCAGCUGAAGGAAUAUCUGCCUUCCUAUGGUGACCGACUGGCUGUUCAUGGAUACUGCAGGAGAAAAGAAAAAGAUCCCACUGGCCGAAAAUCUAAACUUUUUGAUAGGUUGAAAACCAGGCUAGCAAGAAGCACAGGCGAUGCUGACAAUGCAUGUGAUAAAAGAACGGUAAAAAAUGCUCAAAAGAAUAUGCAAAAAAUUGAGAUGGGAUGGAUGCAUUUUCGUGAAGGGAAAUUUACUCAAGUUCGAACAAAAAAAGGUGGGGGUACACGGAAGAUUUCUGUGUCAAAAGACUGUAGAAAAAGUGAGUUGCUCGAAAAGGCUGCUGAGUUGUUUUUUCCUGGUGAGAAGUGUUCAGAAGGAAGCAUUGCAGAUUUUGUGGUCGAUAUAACAGAUUUUCAGGAGCAGGCAAUAGAUGAACAGAUCACAGUUGGAGAACUUUAUGAUCAGACCAAAUUACCAGUCUUACGUUUUUACUUGACAACCAGGAAGAAAGUCAUCGCUAGUGACACACACUCAGACUUCGACAGUGGAACAAUUGAACAGGGAGGAGAAAACAUGCAAGAUGAAAAUGUAGAGUCAGACAUUAUAUAUGUGGGAAGUAGCAGUGUUCUUGCAACAGGCAGUGUUUUAGUGACUGACUCCAUAACAAACAUGACUGAUGUAUCAAGUGAGAUUGAGAUUGAUACAGCUUGGCAGCCAUAUGUGCACAGUUUGGAUGAUAGUAGCAUUGUAACAUUCUCCACAGGACACAUCUCUGGGAUUGAAGACACCUUACUUGAUGACACCUUACCACUCUUAGAGGAAUCAGAAUCUUUGCCUUCUCCAGCUGAUAACCCACCAGAGCCCACUGUUCAGAACCAAAAGAGGAAGAGAAUUCUUGUCAUCCAUCGUGGUCAGGUCCUUCAAGAGCUUAUUGCACAUUUUUGUGAAAAAAGUGUGUUAAUGGCGGACAUAUCCAUGAAAGUUAUUCUUCCUGAUGGACGGCUGGAAAAUGCUGUUGAUGAAGGCGGUGUUUUGAGGGAUGUGCUUUCAGAGUUUUGGAAUGACUUUUACGAGCAAUGUACUUUGGGAAAUAGUUUUAAGGUCCCUUAUCUACGACAUGACUUUGGUCAACAACAGUGGGAAAGCAUUGGCAGAAUCCUUGCAUUUGGCUGGCAAAAAGAGAAGUACAUGCCUGUAAAACUAGCACCUGUAAUGCUGGAGCAGGCAGCCCAUGGAUGUGUCACAACAAGUCUUGUGGACUGCUUUCUCAAAUAUGUUCCAGAAGCAGAUAGAAUGAUCCUAGAAUCAUGUCGUUCACAUUUUGAAGAUGUGGACAAGGAUGAGCUGUUCGAGGUCCUGGAUCAUCAUAACUGUCGAAGAGUCCCAACAGCAGAUAAUGUUGAGCAGCUCUUGGAGGAGCUAGGACAUCAAAAACUGAUUCAGGAACCUGCAUUUGUGAUAGAGCAGUGGCAUAAUGUUCUUGCACCUUUGAGAAUGGAGUUCCAGGACAUUACAGCUGCCUAUAAUGAACUACAUCCAACAUCAAGAAAGAUCAUGAAAUCAAUAGUCUAUCCUGCUAUGAUGAAUGAACAACAGAAACACAGUGGCAGGUAUCUAAGUACAUUUCUAAGAGAAUCAGAUGUACAACACCUCUCCCUCUUUCUUCGGUUUUGCACCGGUUCAGAUUUGUUUCUUGGAAAGACCAUCACUAUUAGCUUCACACAGUUAGAAGGCUUUGAGAGACGGCCAAUUGCACACACAUGUGGCUGCUACCUGGAGCUUCCUGUGAGUUAUGAUAACUACCCAGAAUUCCGUCAUGAAAUGAACAAAGUGUUAGAGAGCAACAUAUGGGUCAUGGACAUAAUCUAGUGAAUUUAGAUUUUCCAUGAGAAAGGAAUUUAUGUCGCAUCAACAGCAUAAUUGAUGUCACAAUAGACUUCAUUUUAUUUUACAUUUAUUUUUUUCAUAUACGUUUUCAUUUCUGUUAACAUUCUCACUGAGGCACAGGAUUUGAAAUGGUGUUUUUGUCAUUUUUGUUACAAAGUUUUACAGUAAAUUGCCUCAUUUAGGUCCAUGAAAAGAAGCUUUUGAUGUCACCAUAGACAACAUUUUAUUUUACAUUUAUUUUUUCAAGAUUUUUUUUUACAUCUUUAAAUUUUCAAAUAUACAUUUCUAUUAACAUUCUCACUGAGGCACAGGAUUUGAAAGGGUGUUUUUUUUUUGUUACAAAGUUUUACAGUAAAUAGCCUCAUGUAGGUCCAUAAAAAAGAAGCUUUCAAUGUCACAAUAGACUUCAUUUUAUUUUACAUUUGUUUUUUCAAGAUGUUAUUUGCAUCUUCACAUUUUCAUAAGAAGUAUACAUACCCAGUUUCUGUUAACAUUCUCAUUGAGUCACAGGAUUUAAAAGGCAAAGGGCUUUUUGUCAUUUAUUUUACAAAGUUUUUGAGUAAAUUGCCUCAUUUAGGUCUAUAAAAAGAAACUUUCCCUUUGAAGUACACACUGAACAAAGGUCAUUGAAAUGAUAAGUUUUUCAGUUUAAAUGUCCUUCAGGUUUUCUAGUAUUCUCAUGAUCACUGUUCUGCCAUGUCUACAGUUUAAGCAUGCUACAGUUUAUGUUUUCUUCAGCAAUGAUGAUGUUAUUUUGUGACAGUUGAUUAAACCAUUCCCUGGUUGAAAGA